UAUAUUCUGUUACCAUUAUAUUCUGUUUUUUUUUUCUUUUUUUUUUUAUAAAGGAUUGCAAUUACUUAGCCAUGGAUUUUCGAGAAUCAUAUAAAGAUCGAUAAUUUCAUACAAUUAAAGAUCGAAACGAUUUGAUGAUGUCAAGAUAGACACUUCAUUCAGCUGUUGACGUUACAAUCUUCACGAUGACACGCGGGUCGUUGUUUACGAAUGUAUAAUCCACAUUUGCGAUUUAUGUCUUAUGAGAACGAUGGAAUGACUUACAUACUCUCCAAGAAUGAUGUCACUAAAAUAGCUUGAUAAUAAGUCCGGUAUUAACGAGAGUUCCUAACCAGAAACGUCAGUCGGAUACAAUCUAGCGCCGCUAUAACUUUGUCGAUUAUUAUUCUCUCGUUUUGCUUCUCUCUUUCUCUCUCUCUUAAUUUUUUUUCACACGUAAACACGAUAGAGAUGUGGGCGAUAAUCUUGGCCUUAGUGACAGUGAUACUUAGUAUUUAUUACUACGUUUUCAAGGACGUGAAUUACUUCAAGAAAAAUGAUUUACCGUAUUUGCAAGCAUGGUCGAUAUUGAGAAACAUGUGUUUAUUAUUUCUACGAAGAAAAUCCGUCAGCGAAAUAAUUAUCGAUACUUACAAUUACUAUCCGAAAGCCAAAUACAUGGGUUCCUUCGAUUUCAACAAACCAGUAGUGAUAGUACGUGACCCAGAAUUGAUCAAAACGAUCGCGAUUAAGAGUUUCGACUAUUUCACGGAUCAUCGAUCUUUCAUCGACAGCGAACACGAUCCACUCUUUGGGAAGGCAUUAUUCUCUUUGCGAGGUAACGAAUGGAGAGAAACUAGAACUAUGUUGAGUCCUGCGUUUACGUUGAGCAAACUGAAGGGUAUGUUGAAGUUGAUGAACGAAUGCGGAGCUGAUUUUACGAAUUACAUUUAUAAUAUGCCAAAAGAUAAGAGAACGAUGGAAAUGAAGGACGUCUUCACGAGAUAUACCAACGACGUAAUAGCCACUUGCGCCUUUGGCAUCAGUAUUAAUUCUAUGAGAGAUCGGGACAACGACUUUUACGUUCUCGGCAGAGAGGCAACCAACUUCGAUACUAUUAAAACAUUAAAAUUCGUCCUGAUGCGAAGUUUUCCAAGGGUUUCGAAAUUAUUCAAGUUAAGGCUAAUACCUGGUAAAAUUAGCAAUUUCUUUGAGAAAGUUGUCAAGGAGGUAAUCGACAAUAGAGAUAAAAACAAUAUUGUACGACCUGACAUGAUACAAUUGAUGAUGGAAGCUAGAAAUAAAAGAGCCGAAAUGGGACAAGAAUUAUCUCUGAUGGAUAUAGUAGCUCAAGCGUUCAGUUUUUUUUUCGGUGGCUUUGAUACAGUCUCCACGGCCAUGUCUUUCACUUGUCAUGAAAUUGGUGUCAAUCAGGAUAUACAAAAAAGACUGCAGCGAGAGAUCGACGAGGUCAUUGAAAAGACCGAUGGAAAUCUAACUUACGAUGUUAUCAACAACAUGAAAUAUUUAGACGCAGUGAUAAGCGAAUCCCUAAGAAGAUAUCCGAUCGCUAUUUUCAUCGACAGACUAAGUGUCGAGAAUUACGAAUUACCACCAAGUUUACCAGGUUCCAAACCCUUCCUUCUGAAAAAAGACACGAAUGUAUGGUUCAUAGUUUAUGGACUCCAUCACGAUCCAAAAUAUUUCGAGGAUCCGUACAAAUUCGAUCCCGAAAGAUUCAUAGAACGCGGAAAGGAGAUUAACAAUUCCGGUGUUUACUUGCCCUUCGGAUUGGGACCUAGAAUAUGUAUUGGUAAUAGAUUCGCUUUAUUGGAAAUGAAAGUCUUGAUAAUUCAUUUAUUAGCAAGAUUUAAUCUGAAGCCUUGCUCGAAAACUCAGAAUCCAUUGAUUUUUUCUAAAAAAGGAAUCACCAUGUCUCCCGAAAAUGGUUUUUGGAUGAACUUUGAAAAAAGAAAUGAUGUUCAUCCUACUUUUAUGAAUUUUGUGAUCAAUGGUGUUAGUGACAAUAAUAUCGAAACCAAAACGUCGAGCGAUGGCAUUUCUAAGUGUCUUACGGUUGAAGCUUUUACGAUGGAAAUUUCGGAGACGAUCUUGAUAUUGGUAACAAUCGUAUUAAGCAUCUAUUACUACAUUUUCAAGGACUUCAGCUAUUUCAAAAAAAUUGGUGUACCAUAUUUGCAACCAUGGCCAAUAUUGGGCAAUAUGGGUCCAGUAUUGUCACAACAAGAAACAAUGGCUGAUGCAAUCAUCAAAGCUUACAAUCUGCAUUCGAAAGCCAAAUACGUCGGUUUUUUCGAAUUCAAUAAUCCAGUAAUAAUAAUACGUGACCCUGAAUUGAUCAAAACGAUCGCGAUUAAGAAUUUCGAGUAUUUCACGGAUCAUCAACCUUUAGCCAACAGUAAACAAGAUCCACUCUUUGGGAGAAUAUUAUUAUCGAUGCGAGGCGACCGAUGGAAACAAACUAGGACUUUGUUAACUCCAGUGUUUACGUUGAGCAAGUUAAAAAAUAUGUUCAAGCAGAUAAACGAAUACGCAGCAGAUUUUACCUAUUAUCUAGCAAAAAUUCUGAAAGAUAAGAAGACUAUAGAAAUGAAGGAUAUCUUGACGAGAUAUACCAACGAUGUAAUAGACAUUUGUGCAUUUGGUAUCAAUACUAAUUCGAUGAAAGAUCGAGAAAAUGACAUCUAUACUUUUGGUAGAAUGGUUACUAAAUUUGAAGGCAGUACCUUAUUGAAGUUCUUCUUUAUGCGAAAUUUUCCAAUGUUAACGAGAUUGUUCGACCUAAAGCUCUUACCACAAAAGAUCGGUAAUUUCUUCGUGAACGUUAUCGACGAUGUAGUCAACGAUAGAACUCAAAACGGGAUCGUACGACCGGACAUGAUACAAUUAAUGAUGGAAAUUAGAAAAAGGAAAAGUGAAAUGGGAGAAGACCUGAUUGAUUUGGCGUGUCAGGCAUUUGGCUUCUUUGUCGCUGCCUUCGAAAUCGUUGGGACGUGCAUCUGCUGCGCUUGUCAUGAAAUUGGCGUCAAUCCAGACGUACAAAAAAAAUUACAGCAAGAGAUCGACGAAGUCGUUGAAACGACUAAUGGUGAUUUAACUUAUGAAGCCAUUAACAGCAUGAAAUACCUAAACGCCGUGAUAAACGAAUCCCUACGAAAAUAUCCGUUCAAUACAUUCCUCGAUAGACAAUGCAUCAAGAAUUACGAGCUACCAUCGAGUUUACCAGGUGGCAAACCCUUACUCCUGAAAAAAGGCACGAAUAUAUGGUUCCCGAUUUAUGGACUACAUCAUGAUCUCAAAUAUUUCGAUGAUCCGUACAAAUUCGAUCCCGAAAGAUUCAUAAAACACGAAAAGGAAAUUCAUAAUUCCGGUGUCUACUUGCCCUUCGGAUUGGGACCUAGAAAAUGCAUCGGUGUUAAAUUCGCUUUACUGGAAAUGAAAGUCGUGAUAUUCCAUUUAUUGGCAAGAUUUGAUUUUAAACCUUCCUACAAAACUUUCAAUCCUAUGAGAUUCUCCAAGAAACAAAUCAGCACAAACGCCGAAAAUGGUUUUUGGAUGGAUUUGAUCGAAAGAGAUGACGUUCAUCCGGCUGUUAAAAAUUUUGUUACAUGCAAUAACCCUCCUUAUGAUAAUAUUAAUUCCAAUGAAGCUUAAGAUGUAAACGAAAUAUUUUAAUAAAAAAUGUAUUUAAUUAGGAGAAA